UAUGGCCGAGUUUGGCGAAGGGACACAUAUCGAAAGACUGCUACCAUGCUCGAGAUGAACAAGGAGUCGCUGCGCAAGAUCUGCAAGGACCUCGACCUGUACUCGACGCCAAGCAUCAACGAUCGGCUCUACCUCCACUACAAGGGCUUUCGCCGCAUCGAGAACCUCCAAGAGUACACGGAGCUCAAGGUCCUUUGGCUCGAGGGCAAUGGCUUUAGCAAGAUCGAGGGCCUCGAGAACCAAACGAAGCUUCGUUCGCUCUUCCUGCACGAAAAUCUGCUCGAGAAGAUCGAAGGCCUCGGUAGCCAGACGCUCCUCGACACGCUCAACUUGACGCAAAAUCACAUUUCAAAGAUCGAGAACCUGAGUCACAUGCAAGCACUCACGAACUUGUCGAUGAAGGGCAACUACCUUCGAACCGCAGACGACAUUCGCCAUGUGCUCGAGCUCCCGACGCUAGCCGUGCUCGACAUUCAGAGCAACCGCAUCGCAGACGUCGACGUCGUGGACAUCCUUGCGGCCAUGCCCAACCUCCGCGUCUUGUACCUUCAAGGCAAUGACGUCGUGAAGCACAUCAAGCACUACCGCAAGACGAUCAUCUCGCGCUGCAAGGAGCUCCGGUACCUCGAUGACCGACCCGUCUUUGACGAGGAGCGCCGCCGCGUCACGGCGUGGGGGCGCGUCAUGGAGGAGACGAACGGCGAUGUGGAUGCCGCCCUCGAGGCCGAGCGCGCCGAGCUGGCACUCAUUCGCCAAGAAAAGAAGGACAAGGACGAAGCCAACUUUCGGUACUUUGAAGACAUGAUGCGCGCAGGCAAGGCGGAGCGCGAGCGUCGAGAGCGCGAACUUCACGACAACCAGCGCGAGGCCGAAAUGAGUCCGUACAGCGGCGAAAAGAUCAUCCACGUCGAAGACUGCGCUAUGGUGCGCCAAGCCCGCGAACGCCGGUGGGCCGACGUCGUCAACGACGAGGCGCCAAGCACGCCGAUCUUUGUGGACGCAGACCGCCUCAAGCUGCUGCAUGACUGCGCCAGUGUCGGCACGGGCGCCGUCACCCAAGCCGAUGCGUUCGUGGCCGAGAAUUUUAAGGAGAAAGCGCAGGCCAAGAUCGCAGCAUUCCAAACGAUGGAGGGGCCAAAGGGGCACUUUUCGUCGCUCCUCGCGUCUGCGCAAGCUGACAUGGCAGCCACACCGACGCCCACACUCUCUUCAAAGGCGCACACGGACCUCUGCGAGCUCGACUGAUCAAGAUCGACUUGGUAGCCUACACUGUACGUGUUCAUAAAGCAACGUCCUUGACCGGACU